AUGAAUCAAUCAAAUUUGGAAAAUCCUUUUGAUGUUUUAAUAAUUGGUGGAGGCCUUUCAGGUCUUACAUCUGCUUUAAGGCUACAUGAACGGGAGCCAGGAUUGCGUAUAGCAUUAUUGGAAGCCAACAAUGUUAUUGGUGGCCAAUUACGUGCCAAUCAAUUGGGGGAACUUGGUGCCAAAUGGAUAACGGAAGAUCAAUAUCAUAUUUAUACACUGCUGAGAGAUUUGAAUGUUACACUUCAUAGGAGAAAUAUUGACGGAUUGACGUUGCAAAGAUAUUGGCAAAUUGAUAGGGGCAUAUUUGCUAGAUUGUCCAAAUAUGAACUGAAAAGGUAUAUCAAUGAAUUGGAAUUGCAAAUGGACAGUCGUGGAGCGGAGGCGAAAAGAUUUUCCAAACUCACAAUGCAUUCCCACAUUGGCAAACAUUUAUUUUUCUCAAUGUCCCGCAAAUUUAUGUCAAACUUCGUACUCCUGAUAAGUGGAACUGAGGCCUGCGAUAUCAGUUUCAAUGAGUUCAUAAAUAUUUGUCGGACAAGUGGUGGCAUUGGCAGAUUAAUUAAUUUAUUAUAUGAAGUACCCAAUGGCAUAAUUGGAUUUUCCAGCGGGGAGUUAAUAACGAAAAUUAUGGAUCACCUGUCUUAUGUCGAAUUCCAUUAUGGCCAUAAAGUUAUUGAAAUACAACAAUAUCGUGAUUAUGUCCACGUUCGGGAUUCUCAAAAUAAUAUGUAUGUGGCCCAAGCUGUUAUUGUUGCAAUUCCCUGGAAUUUUAUACAAGAAAUAAAAUUUCGUCCCGCACUACCCUUGGAGCUCGUUAAACCUCCAGCCAAUGUGAAUAAAACCAAACAUGUCUUGACAAGUUUCUUGGCCAGUUAUCGGGAAUCACAUUGGCAAAGAGAAAAUUAUUCAGGACAAUAUUUGAAUUUGGAACCCUUCUUGAUUACCCACCAUUAUCACGAUAAUAUCCUCUAUGGUUAUUACAUUCACGAAGAGGGCAUCGAACCUUUGGUGAAAACAAUUAUUUUACACAAAUUGGCCGAGGCAUUUGGUGAAGGUAUGCUGGUACCUUUGGAAUAUUCCCAGCAUACCUUUGAGAUGUCCAGUGUGGCUCAUGCGCCCCUAACAACACCCUGGAAUCGUGUAAUCUGGUCAUCAUCGGCAGCAGCUGGCACCUGUUAUCGUGGAUUGCUGGGAGGUGCCGUGCAAAGUGGUUAUCGUGCAGUCAUGAAUACGCUACUGGUUUGUCGUCCACAAUUGGUAACAUGGCAGGACAUCUCUGAAAUUCAAUGUCCU